AUGUCUCGAACGACGAAAGUGAAUCCAUCAAAUAAUGCAACAACAACAUCAACAUCGUCUCCAGCGGAUGAUGAAAUAUCUCAAUCAUUGCCAUCGCUUACAACAUCAACUGAGUUAAAAAAUCAGUGUUCAAACGCAGAUUUAUCUAAUCAAAAUCUUUCAACAGUAUCGCCAGAUUUAACUACAUCAGAAGAUAUUGCUAACCGUGCAAAAGCUCGAGAUAUUGUAGUAGGCUUACAAAAUAAGAAUAUCAAAUUAAUUGCUAUUGACUUUGAUAAUACAUUUUUAUCAACACAUACACAUGGUUAUUAUAAAGGGACAGCUGAUAGCCUAUUGCCUUAUAUAAGACCGGUAUUUCACUAUUUCAUUCAAGAACUUCUUGAGUCAUCAGCUUUCAGUCGAACACUUCAUGUUUGUUUCGUAUCAUUUUCACCUCAAGAAAAACUGAUAAAAAAAUUACUACGUUUAGCAUUUACAACUUCCAAAACCGAUCAAAUUAUAAUUCGGUGCAAUACACCUAAAUUUGUUGCCACUAUGAGAGCAAAUGAUCCUGGUAAAGAAUAUCCUGGUAAAGAAUCUCAUAUAUUAUCUGUUGUUGCUGAAAUUGGAAAAAAAAUAAAAACAAAAAUAGCUCCCGGGGAAAUUCUUUUGCUUGACGAUGAUCGGAACAAUAUUUCAACUGCUGAACGAUUUGGUCACAAAGUACUUCAAAUUCGUGAUGAAAUUAGUUUAGACAUUUUAAAAGAUUUUGUUUAUAAUAAGUUGCGUGACUGUUAA